AUGGUAUCUUCUCUUUCCCUUCAUUCCAUCGCCACCGUCAACCCCAUUAAUGGCCGUUCAACCUUCCGACGUAACCGCCGCCAAUUUUUCUCAACUGGAGUGAGCUGCAGAGGACAGAGUCCACCAACCAACGAGCCACGGACAACAAGUAAAAGCCCCGAACCGGAGAAUGUUCUACUCAAACUCGCUUGGUACGGUUCAGAGCUGCUCGGAAUCGCUGCUUCAGCUUUCCGAUCUCCGGCGUCUCCUCCUCCUACAACAACCGUCCCAAGCUACGAGAUUCCGGUUGAUUGUUCGGGGAGAGCAGUUCGUGUAGCUGUCGUGGACUCAAUUAAACAAGACUUCAAGCGGUCUUAUUUCGUUACAGGGGACUUGACGCCGGCGGUUUAUGAGGAGAAGUGUGAGUUUGCUGAUCCUGCUGGUUCUUUCAAGGGACUUACUCGUUUCAAAAGGAAUUGUACUAACUUCGGAUCCUUGAUUGAGAAAUCGAAUAUGAAGCUCAUGAAAUGGGAGAAUUUUGAGGAGAAAGGAGUUGGGCACUGGAAGUUUAGCUGUGUCAUGUCGUUUCCAUGGAAACCCAUUCUCUCAGCUACUGGUUACACUGAGUAUUACUUCGAUACAGAAUCCGGGAAAAUUUGCAGACAUGUGGAGCAUUGGAAUGUGCCUAAGAUUGCUCUGUUCAAGCAGCUACUGAGACCUAGCCGUGGACUAAUGGGAACACAAAACUAG